CGCAGGGGUUGAAAUACGGGAGGAAAAGGGGAAGCCGAACGCAGCGGCCGCAGAAAAACCACCGUCGCCAUGAGGGAGAUCGUGCACAUCCAGGCCGGUCAGUGUGGAAACCAAAUUGGAACCAAGUUUUGGGAAGUGAUCAGCGAUGAGCACGGGAUUGACCCAGCCGGAGGCUACGUUGGUGACUCAGCUUUGCAGCUGGAGAGGAUCAGCGUCUACUACAACGAAUCAUCCUCCCAAACCUAUGUACCCAGAGCAAUUUUGGUGGACUUGGAACCUGGAACCAUGGAUAGUGUUCGAUCUGGUCCUUUUGGACAACUCUUUCGGCCUGAUAAUUUUAUCUUUGGACAAACGGGUGCUGGAAAUAACUGGGCCAAAGGACAUUAUACUGAAGGAGCAGAACUUGUAGAUUCAGUGCUCGAUAUUGUGAGAAAAGAAUGUGAACACUGUGAUUGUUUGCAAGGAUUUCAGCUCACUCAUUCUCUUGGAGGAGGAACAGGUUCUGGGAUGGGAACACUUCUCAUCAGCAAAAUUCGAGAGGAAUAUCCUGAUAGGAUAAUGAAUACAUUUAGUGUCAUGCCAUCUCCCAAAGUGUCUGACACUGUGGUAGAACCAUAUAAUGCCACUCUCUCAGUCCAUCAGCUGGUUGAAAAUACAGAUGAAACCUACUGUAUUGAUAAUGAAGCGCUGUAUGAUAUUUGCUUCCGUACUUUGAAGCUUACCACGCCAACAUAUGGAGAUCUCAACCAUUUGGUGUCUUGUACAAUGAGUGGGGUCACAACAUCGCUGCGUUUUCCUGGCCAACUAAAUGCAGAUUUACGCAAGUUGGCAGUAAAUAUGGUUCCAUUCCCACGCUUGCACUUCUUUAUGCCUGGAUUUGCUCCUCUGACUGCCCGAGGCAGCCAGCAGUACCAAGCUCUUACAGUCCCAGAGCUCACUCAGCAAAUGUUUGAUGCCAAAAACAUGAUGGCAGCCUGUGAUCCAAGACAUGGACGAUACCUGACAGUGGCCACAGUCUUCCGAGGUCCCAUGUCCAUGAAAGAAGUUGAUGAACAGAUGCUCGCCAUCCAGAACAAGAACAGUAGCUACUUUGUAGAAUGGAUCCCAAAUAAUGUCAAAGUGGCUGUUUGCGAUAUAGCACCUCGUGGCCUCAAGAUGGCCUCUACCUUUAUCGGAAACAGCACUGCCAUUCAAGAGAUCUUCAAAAGAAUUUCAGAGCAGUUCUCUGCCAUGUUUAGGAGGAAGGCUUUUCUUCACUGGUUUACUGGUGAAGGCAUGGAUGAGAUGGAAUUUACCGAAGCAGAAAGCAACAUGAACGAUCUCGUUUCUGAGUACCAACAGUACCAAGAAGCAACAGCAAACGAAGAAGAGGAAGCUUUUGAAGAUGAUGAGGAAGAAGUUAAUGAAUAAAGUUAAUACA